UCCACGAAGUUUGAGGAGAGGCAAAGCUAAAGCCACCUCCGACGGUUUGACCUCACGCGUUUCUCGAAGAAGACACUCCGUCUCUUCCUUUCCUACUAUCCCCGAUCACUUAAUCGGGGACGCUAUGACGGAUGAAGAAUUCGACCAGAUUUAUUCUGGUAGAGGGGACGCAAAUCUCCCCACUCUUGAUAGUGUAUUCGAAGAUCUUGAUGAAGCAAAUUUGGAUAAUCUGGACGGGGACGAGGAGCCUACACCGCAGAGCAACGACGUCGACGUGGAGGCAGGGUUAUACGGCACUCUACAAGAAGAAACAGCACCACCUCUGCCCCCGAAAUCAAAAAAAGGUUUUGCCGGAAUAGUCGGUGGUCUUCUUGCAAAGAAAGGGAAGCGUGUUCAUUCUUCGACGAGUUCAAGUGGUACAACAGUAAGCUCGCACAAUGAACUUGCUAUGUACCAGGGUGUGCCAUGCGAUUAUGAUGACGACGACGUGGAUUUUGACGUGCUCGGAUGGUGGAAGCGGAACGAACACAUGUUCCCAUGUCUCGGCAUGCUAGCAAGACAAGUGUUAUCCGUUUCGGUAUCAACCGUAGCAGUUGAACGAGAAUUCAGUGCUGGCGGCAACAUUCUAACCGACUAUCGAAGUUGUCUUAGCGCUGAAUCUCUUGAAACACUGGUUUGCAACCAAGAUUGGCUCUUGGCAAGACGUCGAGCUCAAGAGGCUUCGUACCAACUCGAAUCGGAGCAUUACAUGAAUGCAACAACAGAUGGAAGUCUGAGUUUUGAAGAAUAAUUUAUAAUUAUUUUAUGUUAAAUUGUUAAUGUAACUAUGUAAUUAGUUUUUUUAGGAGAGCGAUAUAUAAGCUCCUUCGAGGGUUUCUUUACGGUUCUUUACCUCGUCGCUUUUUUUGAACCGUCAGGAUAUUAAAUGUGGUUGUUCUUC